GUUCGCUAUAAAUACUGCUACUUGACCUCCUGGGUUCUUCACUACCCCUCAAUCCAACUUACUUCCCUGAGCCGCUUUCAGCCACAACAACAACUUAAAAACCAUGAGCUCUACCACCUACAGACCUGAUUUGACCCUCUGGAGAGACAUCACUCCCCUCCCCCAACCCCUCAUCAAAGCUACUCCUCACUCUGCCCACAUCCUCGUCAUCGGCGGAGGCGUCCUCGGACUCGUCCAAGCCUGGUCUCUCCUCGACAAAGGCUACAGAGUCACCAUCCUCGCCAAAGAAUGGGCCUCCUUCGGCCAAUCCCAACGCCUCACCUCCCAAAUCUCCGGUGCCCUCUGGGAAUACCCCCCAGCCGUCUGUGGUCAACACACCGACGAAAUCUCCCUCAACCACAGUAAAAAAUGGUGCAUGACCGCUUAUCACAUAUACAACGGUAUCGCCUCCGACCCUGAGCUUUCAAAAGACUCUGGUAUCAGGAUGAUGCCUAGUAAUUUUUAUUUCCCGCAUCAUAUCGAUGGGGAUCUGUUCCAGUCUGGGAAGAUGAAAGAGAUGAUGGCGAGUGGGGUUGUUGGGUUUAGGCGAGGGCUUGAACUUGUGACUGAGCAUAAUAUUGAUCCUACGCAUGGUGGUGUUGAUGCUUAUGGGAUUAUGGCCCCUGUUAUUGAUACCGACGCUGCUAUGGCGUGGCUUAUGGAUUUGGUCAAGGCCAAAGGCGCGAAAAUGGUGACGGAGACCAUCCAUGGUGAUCUCCUUCCACAAGAAGACCGAUUGCGCUAUCGGUUUGGUGCGGACGUUAUCAUCAACUGCACGGGACUCGCGGGGAUAGAAACAGCUGGAGACGAGACGUGUUAUCCCAUCCGUGGAGGGCUUAUUCGUGUUAUCAACGACGGAGUGGAUUUCCCGAAAGUGACGGGUGCUCUUACGAUUUCUGCUGAUGCAGCUGGAGUUAAUGAGAUUGUGUUCAUCGUUCCCCGAAACGAUAAAAUUCUUCUUCUCGGUGGUUUCGCCGAAUCCGAUGAAUGGAAAUUAGACCUUACACUCGACUCUCCUGUUAUGAAACGCAUGAAAGCCCGCUGCGAAUCGUUCAUCCCGGGACUCAAAAACGCCCGUGUCGACCCAACCUACCCCAUGGCUCAAGGCCUCCGUCCCUUCCGCAGACAAAACGUUCGAGUCGAAAGGGAACUACGACCUCACAUCUCCAGUCCUACCAAACCCAGUCGUAUCGUUCAUUCGUACGGUCAUGGAGGAGCUGGUUGGAGUUUGACGUUUGGAUGUGCAGGUGAUGUCCUUGGGCUUGUUGAAGAGGCGUUGAGGGAUAUGCCUGCCAGGCCGACCACGAGUACGAGGAUGCCGGCUCCGCAGCCGUCCCGCCAGUAUGUUCCUGAGAUUCAGAUUCAGGCGAGGAUGUAAAUUAGAAGAAGUGUUUUUAGUAUUUUUAGACGGUCGAGGGAUUUUCCGUGCGGUAUAUAUAUAUAUUUAUAUUUGGGUCCUAUUUAUAAUCAUUUGUAAAAUAAUAGACUUCUCCUUACCUAUUUUUGGUUCGUCGGCGCG